AUGGCAGAAACUGCACUGUCAUUUGUUUUGCAACAACUCGGCCAAUUUGUAUUAAAAGAAACUUUCCGAUCUGUAGUAGAAGAAAGAACUUCAGUAGCAAGACUUGAAAAAGACUUGGAUGGCAUCAAAGUUAAACUUGAGAGGAUCCACGACUACCUCAAGGAUGCAGACACAAGGGCUUCUGAUCAUGGUGCCGGAGUUACAACUUUGGUGAAGCAGCUGAGAGAAUUAUCUUUUCAAAUACAAGAUGUCCUUGAUUACUACAUCAUGUAUGAGGCAGAAAGAGUCAACCAUUCUGGAUUACAAUCACCAUUCCAAGUGAUUUAUGGUUUGAUCAAAACCAGGAAUCGACGCAGCCAGAUUGUUUCUGAGAUUCAAGACAUCAAGUUAUCACUUGAUGAAAUCCAACAAAGUACAGGCUUUGAGUUUCGGUCUGAGAGUGGAUCAGGAAGCUUCAGAGGGGCUAAAGCUCCUAGAACUGGUGAAGAUCCUCGAUCGCAUCCUUAUUUCAUUGAAGAAAAAAAAGUUGUAGGGUUUGAGUUGCCAAGAGAUGAAUUGGUUGGUCGCUUGGUGUGGGGAAACAAUCAGCUCAUGUUGGUUUCUGUGGUUGGCAUGGGAGGACUCGGGAAAACCACACUCGUUAAGCACGUUUUUAAUAGCGAGCUAGUGAUAAAGAAAUUUCCUUGUAGAUGUUUCAUCACAGUUUCUCAAUCAUACACUAUCGGAGAGUUGUUGAAAGAAAUGAUAAGGAAGUUUUGCAAGAUCUGCAAUGAGCUUAUUCCACAGGGUCUGCAGAAGAUGGAGGGUGAAACUUUGAUUAAUCAAGUGAGACAAUACCUUGUGUCAAAAAGGUACUUGGUUAUUUUUGAUGAUGUCUGGAACGAUAAAUUUUCUGAUGAGAUUGCACGUGCCUUAAUUAAUAAUAACAGUGGAAGUAGAAUCCUUGUGACCACAAGAUAUAUGCAUGUAGCAAAGUAUUCUAUAAGAUAUUUUCCCAUUCAUGUUCACCAGCUACAACCUUUGCCUCCAGAGAAAGCAUGGGAACUGUUUUGCAACAAGGCGUUUAGAGGGCAGUGUCCAACAGAUCUUGAGGGCGUGUCCGAAGAAAUUGUUCAAAAAUGUGGAGGGCUGCCACUAGCAAUUGUGGCCAUCUGUGGUCUGUUGUCAACAAAAGGCCAAGACAUUUCUGAAUGGGAAAAGGUAAGUGAAAAUCUGAGAAUGGAAAUACAUGGCAAUGUGCUUUUGAAUGACUUGGUAAAGAUUUUAUCUUAUAGUUAUGAUGACUUGCCUUACCAUUUGAAAUCAUGCAUGCUGUAUUUUGCAAUAUAUCCUGAGGACUACAUAAUCAAUAGGAAGAGGCUUACUAGACAAUGGAUAGCGGAAGAGUUUGUGACGCACGAGGAGGGAAGAACUUUGGAAGAACUUUCUGAAAAGAACCUAACAGAGUUGAUACAUAGAAGUUUAGUGAAUGCUACCAAAGUUGGAUUUGAUGGAAAAGUCAAAAGUUGCCAAGUCCAUGAUACGCUGCGUGAUGUGAUCAUUAAAAAAAUGAAAGGAUUAAGCUUUUGUAAUUCGUGCUGUAAAGAUGGCGAACAAGUCAUUGUUGAAAAAACUAGACGCUUUUCUAUAGCAGCUAUCUCCAACAAUGACUUGACAAACACAAGCUACUCAGGAAUUCGUGCUAUAUUUGUUUUCGACAAAGGUGAAUUUCCUAAUGACUUCAUAGAUGGAUUAAUUGCUAAGUUCAAGCUUUUGAAAGUGCUGGAUUUUGAGAAUUCUUUGUUGAAAUCUAUUCCUGAUGACUUGGGGAAUCUGUUCCAUCUAAGGUACUUGAACCUGAGUCAUACAAAAGUUAUGGUUCUUCCUAGAUCCAUCGGUAAGCUAAUCAACUUAGAAACCUUGGACCUAAGGCAAACUCAAGUGCAAGAGUUACCAGAAGAGAUAAACAAGCUCACAAAGCUAAGGCUUCUUCCGGUUUAUUAUAGAAAAUAUGAAGGGCAUUACUCUAUGUUGAACUUUACAACGGGCGUGCAAAUGCAACAGGGUAUUGGGUGCUUGACAUCGUUACAAAAACUUUACUUUUUGGAAGCAGAUCAUGGUGGAAUAGAUCUUAUCCAAGAGCUCAAAAAGUUGAGACAGUUAAGAAAGUUAGGCAUAAGGCGCGUGCGCGGAGAAUAUGGAAGUGCAUUAUGUGCUACAAUACAAAAGAUGAAGCACCUCGAAUCUCUAAACGUUACUGUUAUAGCUGAGGAGGAAAUCCUUGACUUGGAUUUUAUAGCUGAGGAGGAAAUCCUUAAACUUAAAGUGCUCAACUUGAAAGGUAGAUUAAAAAAUUUGCCUAAUUGGAUUCCAAAUCUCAAGUGUCUUGUGAAACUAAGGCUUGGCUUAUCUCACUUUGAACAUGAUCCACUAGACUCUUUGAAGAAUCUGCCAAGUUUGUUGAGGUUAAAUUUGUGGGAUGAUGCAUUUGCUGGUGAAAAUUUGCAUUUUAAAGUAGAAGGGUUUCCUAAGCUGAAGGAACUUGAUCUCACUCGAUUGAAUAAACUAAGUUCCAUCAUUAUAGAAAAGGGAGCUUUGCUCAGUCUUGAGCAUUUCAGAUUUAACAACAACCCUCAAUUGAAGGUGGUUCCGCAAGACCUUCGAUACUUGGAAAACCUUCAAUUCCUUGGAUUUGCUGAUAUGCCAUCUGAAUUGGUUGAAAGCAUUGAUCCACGCAGAGGGGGAGAAUGUCAUUGGAUAAUCGAGCAUAUUCCUCUAGUACGCAUUCGGCAGAAAGUAGGAUCAAGAUUUCAUGACUAUGAGUUGUAUCCUAUUCCUACUAUAUCUAAUGUCUGA